AUGGUGAUACAAAAAAUUCAUGUAUCAAAUUCAAGUGCAAGUUAUCUCAUCCCUCAAAGGCCAUGCCUCCAUGCAAUACCUCAUCUUUCUUUUCAGCUAUGGUCGCGGAGGCCAUCAUCGUUCCCAGUCCAAAGGAAGCAGAAAAGGGUGAGUUAUGGUUGCAGAAAUGGAGGGACCAAGAUCAAAGCCGUGGCUGUGAGUGAAAUUGAAAACAGAUCGGUGAAAGUUAAAGCCACCAUAAUUGUUCUGCCAACGGUUGGUGGGAUUUUCUCAGAAACAAUUAUAGAACGAGGGAUGGAUGAUAUCACGGAUUUGAUGGGCAAAUCACUUCUCCUGGAACUUACAAGCACUGAGCUUCAUCCCAAAACGAAAUUGGAGAAGAAAACCAUCAAACAUUACGCCCACAGGACGCAUCAAUCAUCACAAGAGGUUGAGUAUGAGGCUGAGUUUGAAGUGCCAGAAAGCUUUGGAGAGGUUGGGGCGAUCUUCGUGGAGAAUGAACACCACAGGGAAACGUUCAUCAAGGAAAUUGUACUUGAUGGCUUCAUCUUGGGUCCAGUAAAAUUUUCCUGCAAUUCCUGGAUUCACUCCAAGUAUGAUAACCCUGUCAACAGGGUUUUUUUCCCCAACAAGUCAUAUCUGCCAUCAGAAACACCAGAAGGAGUGAAGAGGCUAAGAGAAGAGGAACUAAAAAUUUUACGUGGGAAUGGACAAGGCGAACGCAAGUGCUUUGAGAGAAUCUACGAUUACGAUGUCUACAACGACCUUGGAGAUCCAGAUAGCAGCAUCGAUCUCAAGAGACCUGUUCUUGGUGGCACAGAGCAUCCCUAUCCAAGGCGUUGCAGAACAGGACGACCACGCUGCAACACAGAUCCAUUGUCGGAGAAAAAAAGUAACACGGUGUACGUGCCUAGAGACGAAUGCUUCUCUGCAGUAAAGCAAAUGACGUUUCAGACAAAGACGUUAUACUCGGCAUUGCAUGCUCUGGUACCGGCCCUGUCGACAAUGAUAGUUGACAAGAAUCUAGGGUUUCCGGUGUUCUCAUCCAUAGACGAUCUUUUCGAUGAAGGGCUUAGCUUGCCUCCUCAAAAAGAAAAAGGGCUUUUCAAAACUAUCUUGCCCAGGAUCGUCAGGUUUGUUAAGGACACAGAGCAGGAAAUUCUCCGUUUCCAUUCUCCCGCAACAAUGGACAAGGAUAGGUUCUUUUGGUUAAGGGACGAAGAAUUUGGACGACAGACCCUAGCGGGGCUUAACCCUUGUUGUAUCCAGUUGGUCACGGAAUGGCCAUUGAAAAGCAAACUUGAUCCUAAAAUUUAUGGCCCUGCGGAAUCAGCCAUCACUACUGAAAUAAUUGAGCGGGAAAUAAAAGGAUUUUUGCCAAUCGAAGAGGCGAUAAAACAGAAGAAACUGUUCAUCCUGGACUACCACGAUUUGUUAUUGCCAUUGGUGGAGGAUGUGAGAAAACUAGAAGGCACAACGCUAUACGGAUCAAGGACAGUGUUCUUCCUAACCCACGAAGGCACAUUAAGACCACUGGCUAUUGAGCUAACUCGGCCACCAAUGGAUGGAAAACCUCAGUGGAAGCAAGUAUUCACACCUUCCUGGCACUCAACCGCUGUCUGGCUUUGGAGGCUCGCCAAAGUCCAUGUCCUCGCUCACGACUCUGGUUACCACCAACUCGUCAGUCACUGGCUAAGAACUCAUUGUGCAACAGAACCUUACAUUAUAGCAACAAACAGGCAACUGAGUGUAAUGCAUCCGAUCUACAGAUUACUGCAUCCCCAUUUUCGUUACACGAUGGAGAUCAACGCGCUUGCUCGCGAGGCUCUGAUAAACGCGAAUGGAAUAAUAGAGAGCAGUUUCACGCCAGGGAAGCACUCCGUUCUGCUAAGUUCAAUCGUCUAUGACAAACACUGGCAAUUCGACCUCCAAUCCCUCCCCAAGGACCUCAUCCACAGGGGCAUGGCCGUCAAGGAUCCCACCGCCCCUCACGGCCUCAAACUCACCAUCGAAGACUAUCCUUACGCCAACGACGGCCUCGUUCUCUGGGAUACCCUCAAAACCUGGUUCACCGAAUACGUCAACCACUACUACGCGGACUCCAACUCGAUUCAAUCAGACACAGAACUCCAAGCCUGGUGGGAAGAGAUCAGAACCGUUGGACACGCUGACAAAAAAGAUGAACCGUGGUGGCCGGUGCUGAAAACCAGAGAGGACCUCGUGGAAAUUCUGACGACCAUUGCGUGGACAACUUCAGGGCACCAUGCUGCUGUGAACUUCGGACAAUUCUCCUACGCGGGGUAUUUCCCCAACAGGCCAACCAUUGCGCGCAACAAAAUGCCCAUAGAGGACCCUUCGGACCCGGAGUGGGAGCUGUUCUUGGAGAAACCCGAGGUGACUAUGUUGAAGUGUUUUCCAUCACAGGUUCAGGCGACUACGGUGAUGACGGUGUUGGACAUUCUGUCGAAUCACUCGCCGGACGAGGAGUAUCUCGGGCAGACAGUGGAGCCGGCGUGGGAGGAGGAGCCGCUUGUGAAGGCGGCGUUUGAGAAGUUCAGAGGGAAAUUGAUUGAGCUUGAAGGGGUGAUUGAUGGGAGGAAUGCGGAUAGGACGAGGAGGAACCGGAACGGCGCGGGGAUUGUGCCCUAUGAACUUCUGAAGCCCGUGUCGGAGGCCGGAGUUACGGCAAAGGGUGUUCCUUAUAGCAUCUCCAUUUGA